AUGGCGUACAAUUCGCAACUUCAAAGGUUCCACUGCUUUCUUCGUUACGUUCGUUAUGUGUACAAAUCUGCGAAACAGCUAAAACUUCGCUUGUGUAACGACACAGAUUUAGUUCUAGAGUAUAUCACCUUCUUAGAGGACAAUCGGAAUUUAAAACCUUCCACAUUAAGUAGAAUAAUAAGUGUUCUUAUCGACAUCGUAAAAUGUAAUUAUGGUAGAAAUAGCGUCGAUCACAGCACUUUGCCAGAGAUAAUAUUUCCACGGCGCUUACAAAGUCAACUUGAGCAAGAGAACCGACUCUUGUCUGAAAAAUGUAAAGAAG